CUUUUUCAGGUUGCUUAUUGCUCAAGGAACAUAACAACAAUGGAUCCAAAGAAUGAAACCUCCCCAAAUGCUGCUGAUAACCAAAUGCUGAAUCCCAAUGCUGAAAAUGAGGACCUAACUUUGCCUUUAGAGUCCAUUCAGCCCCGUAGGGUCUCAUUGCACAAGAGAUCAGCAAGUGAUUCUCUUGCCUUUGUGAAAGAACCUAAUUGGCUCGCACCAAGCUCUAGUGCACAAGGGCGCUUGCUCGGCGGAGCAGCCGGUUCAUCAUCGGCUUCGCACAUGGACCCCAAGAAGCUGAAACGCCUGAUUGCCAAUAGAGCUUCCGCUCAGAAAUCCCGGCUGCGCCGGGUUGAGUACGUAGACAAACUGGAAAAAAAAGCUGAGUUCCUAGAGGCCACUGUGUCGUUGGUAUCUCCACGAGUGACUUCUGAACGAAAGAAACGCAUGAUGUUGCUGAAAGAGAAUGCUGAACUGAAACAGAGAAUUGAAUUUUAUGACAAACUACUGGAAAAGCAAGAUGGUGAAGCAGCAAUGCUGAAUAUAAAGCACUGAAGGAGGAGAGGGACUUGUUAUCCUUCACUAAUCUCCUGAUCCAAGAAGGCAUUUAGAAAUAUUUGGAUUUCAAGAUCCAAUAUUUAAAAGGAGCCAAGCCUGUUUGCUAUGUUUUCGUUUUCAAUUUCCAAAGUGUUGUUUCCAGUUAGCUGGACUUUUCAAUUUUAUUUUCAGAUAAUAGUUUGUAUUCAAGCUAGUUCUUGAACCAUCAGUAUUUCUGUUUAAGUUAUCAUAUUAAUGAAAUGAAGGCUCCUUUUCUAGUAUA